AACAGGCCUGCGCUAGCGGGCGUGCUACGGAAGCAGUUCUUUGACCCUGUGACACGUAGCAACCGGGCUAGUUCCAGGGUCUGAAACUGAGUUUGUGGGGCUUGCGGGUGCUGCUGAAGCUGCCGCCACCGCCGCCUCAACGUUUGAUCAUUUGCAAUGUCAGGCUUUGAAAACUUAAACACGGAUUUCUACCAGACAAGUUACAGCAUCGAUGACCAAUCACAACAGUCCUAUGAUUAUGGAGGAAGUGGAGGACCCUAUAGCAAACAGUAUACCGGCUAUGACUACGCUCAGCAAGGCCGAUUUGUCCCACCAGACAUGAUGCAGCCACAGCAGCCAUACACUGGGCAGAUUUUCCAGCCAACUCAGACAUAUACUCCCUCACCUCAGCCAUUCUAUGGAAACAACUUUGAGGAUGAGCCACCUUUAUUAGAAGAGUUAGGUAUCAAUUUUGACCACAUCUGGCAAAAAACACUAACAGUGUUACAUCCAUUAAAAGUGGCAGAUGGCAGCAUCAUGAACGAAACUGAUUUGGCAGGACCAGUGGUUUUUUGCCUUGCCUUUGGAGCCACAUUAUUGCUGGCUGGCAAAAUCCAGUUUGGCUAUGUAUAUGGGAUCAGUGCAAUUGGAUGUUUAGGAAUGUUUUGUUUAUUGAACUUAAUGAGUAUGACAGGUGUUUCAUUUGGUUGUGUGGCAAGCGUCCUUGGAUAUUGUCUUCUUCCCAUGAUCCUACUUUCCAGUUUUGCAGUCAUAUUUUCUUUGCAAGGAAUGGUAGGAAUCAUUCUCACUGCUGGAAUUAUUGGCUGGUGUAGUUUUUCUGCUUCCAAAAUUUUUAUUUCUGCAUUAGCCAUGGAAGGACAGCAACUUUUAGUAGCAUAUCCUUGUGCUUUGUUAUAUGGAGUCUUUGCCCUAAUUUCCAUCUUUUGAACUGAGUUUAUCUGGGAUGUGAACAUCAGUGGGCCAAAUACACAAAAAGGACCUUGAACUCUUAAAUUGGACCAGCAAACUGCUACAGCGCAACUCGUAUGCAGAUUUACAUUUGACUAUUGGAGCAAUCGAAGUAAAUGUGUAUCUUUUGUUCAUUUUUAUAGAACUUUUGAAUACUAUAUUGGAUUUACCUGGAGUGUGACUAGCUUUAAGUUUUGUGUUUAUACAAAUAGCAAAUGGUAUUUCUUCAUGUUCCUGCAGUCUUGGAAAAAAAUUUUUUUCCUUGCAAAUUAUAAUGUUUUUGAUAGAUUUUUAUUAACCGUGGGAUAUUGACCACAAUGCUGAUGAUCUUUCUUAAAACUAGCCCAGUCCCAGUAGAUACAGACUUAUUACAGAAAUAUUUUUCCAAGAAAGAAAAUUUGCCUGUAUCCUCAAGGCAAGUGCACUUGAAGCAAAAAAAGUGAUCCAAAUGUAGAAUUUUAUGAGUGUGCACUUAAAAAGUUGCCGUUCCUAUAAAUUAUCUCAUUGAGUUUUUCCUAAAAUUGGGAGAUACAAGAAGUUCACAGUCUAUCUUACUGUAGAUAUGAAAUGUGACCUUGUUUAGAUGUUAGUAACCCUUAGUGACCUGGACUAGCCACAUGAAUGCUUAUGUGGCUCCAUAUUUCCCAAGGGGAAAAAGAAAUCCCUAACCUUUUUUGGGAAAAAUAUUUAAAAUUUCACAACUUCAGUAUUGCAGUUAUUGAUGUAAAGUACAUUUGAAUGCUUAUUAAUUAAAAUUUUCCCAAUUAAUUUUAACUGUGUUGUUGAGUUUACUUUUACUAAACCACUGUUCUCUGUGUCUCUUUUUUUUUUUUUAACAAGGGUCUGAUUUUAACUCCCAAUUUAAUCUGAGCUUUAAGAAUAGAAGUCAUUUAGUAUAGUAUCGGGGGAGGAAAGGGAUCAAAUGAGCAGCAAUGCAUUUGAGUUUUCAAAUAAUUAUUUUAUGCAUUAUUUUCUUGUAUUAAACAUAUUUAAUUUAGUUGUCAUGUUCUCUUGCCAGAAACCAUGGUACAGGAAAAUACUACAGCCUGUAUACUGAUCACUUCUUGUAGAGAAACUCCCUCUGAUUCUAGACAAAGCUGUUAUGUUUAUAAGAGAGGCAAGGAGGAAAAUGUUGCUUUAAAAAAAAAAGAAGAAACAUUCAGACCAAAUAAAAAGAAAUGCCAAACUGACAUCGGUUCUUUUUUAGAGCAAGUUUUAAGACUCUGGCAUCACAUAAAUGUGAUUUUCUUUAUUCUUAACCUUCUAAAAAGGCACACUUGCUAAUAAUUAGUUUUUGGUUAGGUUUUCAAAUUUACCAAAUUGCUUUAGGGUAUUUUUUAUUGUAAUCCUUGAAAAUAGUAUCUUUGUCUUUUACAAUUCGUAUUUUUUAACUACACAGUUCUUGUUGAGUGUUAUUAAUGCCUUAUGUUAAUAUCCAGUUUUUUGUAAUGAACAGGGUAGAUGAUAUCAUGGGAAUUAAAUUCUCUCACUGUUGUUUAGACUGAAGUUCAUUAAUCUUCAGCCAAAUUCCCCAAAGGGAUGAAAUUGUUAAUUAUUCUCUUCCUGCCCCCAACUAAAUAACUUUUAAAUUUAAAUUUAUAUCAUUGUUGUAAAGACCUUUUUGUUGUUGAUUGUCUUUAGCUCCAAAAUAAUAAGGUACCGAACUAUUUUAUAUUUAAAUGUUGCUCUGUCAAAACAGCUAUGCAAUAGAGUUGUAUUUGAUGCAAGAGUUCUAGAGUUUGCUUGGUUACAUGAAGAGUCAUAUAUAGCCAACAUUUCUCUUAAAAAAACUCUCUUAAAUUAAAAAUAUAUGUAGCCAUAUUUAUACAUACAUUAAAGACUGAUAUACUGUGUCUCA